CGAGUAAUUGAAAUUUAAUAGAUUUUUAGCACCGAAUGCAAUCCGCUUGUGUUGUCUAUUCCAAACAAACCUAUUAAAAGAUAACCAAUUAUUUUUUUUCACUAAUUACAAUUUUUUUGAGUACACUAGCGUACGUCUCAUAUAUAUUUAUUUUAAUGUAUAUUUUCGUGUCGUUUGCAUAUAUUUUUUUGCUUUCGGCCAAUAGAUUAAUCGGAAACGAGGCAUCAUAGAUCUCAUGCCUUUUUUUAUUCAAGGAUUCACUCUCCAUAUAUAUAUGUAAAAUCUACAAUGAAUUAUCAAAAAUUUUUUUUCCAAAUUUUCCAAGUAUUUCAAUCGAAAAUUGUCUUGAUAAUUCGUAUGGCAUUGGAAUGCCAAUCGUCAAAAUUUUAUUAAAACUUUCCAUGCAAUAACAUUUUUUUGUUAUCAAAUUUUUGACGCCUUGAGCAGUUCGUUGUGUCUUAUCUCCCCCAACUUAGGUGUAUAAAGAGCUCGAAAACAAUAUGAUACAUAUUAUAUAUCUAAAAAUAAUUGUGAUAUUGUGCCAUCAAGGUCAAAAAAGCUUAAAAGCAUGAUAAAAUAGAAUUAUAAAAUAAAGUAACGGUACAUCGAAUUGUUCAAAUUCACAAAACAUUCCAGCUGGUACAUUUGUUCGAUAAAUACUUACCCUGUUCAUUAGUAAUUUUUUUUUAAUUACAAAAAAAAAAUAACAAUGAAUUUACAUCCUUCCAGUGUUACUAUAUCGAUAUUUAUAAUUAUUAAUAAAUUAAAUAUGUUAUUGGUAACGUCAGAAUUGAUUUCAAUUCAAAAAGGUGAUCCAAGUGAUGGUCGUGAGUAUGUAAACGGAACCGACUUCGCGGAAUUUAAUAGCAUGUACGGAAUAACUAUCGAUGAAGAAUACUUACGUGACGACGGAUAUAGUUCUGGUCGAUGUGAUGGGCUUGAUCCAUCGCGUAGUAUUUGGAUUGGGCAUAGUUUAAAUUAUCCAAACAGAUGCCCAGGAAGAAUUCAUUUUUGCCGACUCAAAGCAAAAAGCGAAAGACGAAAGGCAGUAGAAAAAGAAAUGAUUGACACCCUUGGUUCAAGGCCCACAAAUCUUUCCGGAUAUCUAAAACGUAAAGAUAUUUCACGUAAUUUUCAAAAAGUAUUAAACUACACUGGUAACAUUUGCAAGUGUAUAUGUGAACGUACUUAUGAUCCAAAUCCCAUUGAUAUUCGUGGCAAAUUGCUUAAUUCUUUUUGUAAUGAUCCAGUAUCAGUUGAUGAUGGAUACGUUGCAACUGGCGCGAGAUUUAAAAUAUACGGUAAUGUAAUUCACCUUGAAAUUCAACAAGCUAAAUUAUCAGAAGGACAAAUUGAUUCUACAACUUUGAAUUGGAAAACUUCAAGUAAUUGUAAUUCACCAAGAAAAGUCACUAGUAAUUUUGUAAGAAGAAGCUACAGCUGUUUAAAACUUAUAUUAGAAGAUAUGAUUUUACCAGAGAAUGCAGUUUUGACUGGUAUUUUGUACGGUCAAUCAGUGCGUGGACGUUAUAUUGAUGACAAUGGAAAUUUUGAUAAUGACAAAGAAGAAAUUGUAAUAAGAAGUCAAUGCCGUGAAAAAACCACUAAAUUGGUAUAUCCGAACAGGAAUCUUCUGCCGUCUACAGCUUCAAUAGGAAACAAUACCGAACUCAGUAAAUCAUGCGAACAUCACAUAUCAUUCAGUGGAACUUCUGAUAUUUAUGAUGGUAUGCAACAUGUUGUUCCGUAUGUCGAUUUACAGGAAAUCGUCGCUAAUAAAAGUUCACCUGAACCCAUUCGCGGAAUCGGAUUGUACUUGCGAGGUCAUCCUGGCUACGGAGGAUUCCUGGCUCUCAAGAUUUUCAAAAAAAAACUUUAAUUUCUGAUGAUAAAUUUUAAAAUAGCGACGUUCGUCUCAUCAAUAACUGAUGUAGAAUAAAUGUCAUUAUUUCUGGAUCCUGUAAUUUUUAUUGACAACA